CAGUUCACUACUCAGUACUCUACCGACCGGCCGGUGAUCACGACUACGCGGUACAACCAUCUGUAUCCAGUGUAACCCAACGGCUAUUCUGACACUAACCUACUGGUAAAACGUUAAUUUUCACUCCUGUCAUCUUGCACAUCACCGACGCGAGCGUUCGACUUUCUAUACGUCACGAUCGCCACGAUCGUCACAACAAAAUGGUCAGCAAACCCAAAGUGGAGAAGCGCAAGCAAAUCAGCGUCAAGUCCAUCGCGGACGUCGAGGACGUGGUGGCCAUGAAGAAGACGUUCAAUCGGCACCUGCACUUCACGCUGGUCAAGGACAGGAACGUGGCCACCAUCCGGGAUUAUUACUACGCGCUGGCGUACUCAGUCCGGGACAGCCUGGUCUCCCGAUGGAUUCGCACCCAACAGCACUAUUACGACAACGAUCCUAAGCGUAUUUAUUACUUGUCUCUGGAGUUCUUGAUGGGUCGUUCUCUUCAAAAUACCAUGAUCAACCUUGGUAUUCAAAGUAGUGUCGAUGAAGCCUUAUACCAAAUGGGAUUAGACAUUGAAGAACUGGAAGAUCUCGAAGAAGAUGCAGGUUUGGGAAACGGUGGCUUAGGUCGUUUAGCCGCUUGCUUCCUCGAUUCCAUGGCAACUCUUGGUCUAGCCGCUUAUGGCUAUGGCUUAAGAUAUGAAUAUGGUAUCUUCGCUCAGAAAAUAACAAACGGAGAACAGGUUGAAGAACCAGACGAUUGGCUACGAUUUGGAAACCCAUGGGAAAAAGCAAGACCCGAGUAUAUGUUACCUAUUCAUUUCUUUGGUAAAGUACUCGAGACACCAACAGGCAAAAAAUGGAUCGAUACUCAAGUUGUGUUCGCAAUGCCGUAUGAUAGUCCAGUACCCGGUUACCAGAACAAUAUUGUCAAUACUAUGCGUUUAUGGUCUGCUAAGUCUCCCGUUGAAUUCAACUUAAAGUUCUUCAACGAUGGCGAUUACAUCCAAGCCGUUCUUGAUAGAAAUUUAGCUGAAAAUAUCACCCGUGUGUUGUAUCCUAACGAUAAUUCAUUCGAAGGCAAAGAACUACGUUUAAAGCAAGAAUAUUUCAUGUGUUCAGCUACACUCCAAGAUAUUAUUCGAAGAUUUAAAGCAUCUAAACAGGAUGCCAAACCACGUACGGACUUCUCUCAGUUCCCGGACAAAGUAGCUGUACAGUUGAACGACACUCAUCCAUCGUUGGCCAUUCCGGAACUGAUGAGGAUCCUUAUCGAUAUUGAAGGUUUAUCCUGGGAUGCCGCGUGGGACAUAACCGUGAAAACGUGUGCAUACACGAAUCACACUGUUUUGCCCGAAGCUUUGGAACGGUGGUCAGUAUCGUUGAUGAGCUGUAUACUGCCUAGACAUAUGCAAAUCAUAUAUCAAAUCAAUUUCCUGCACUUACAACAUGUCCAAAAACAAUGGCCAAACGAUAAUGCUCGCAUGAAGAGAAUGUCUUUAAUUGAAGAAGAUGGUGAUAAGAGAGUGAACAUGGCCCAUUUAUCUAUCGUUGGAUCUCAUGCCGUUAAUGGUGUAGCUCGUAUUCAUUCAGACAUUAUCAAGAACGAUUUAUUCAGGGAUUUCUAUGAAUUGACUCCAGAAAAAUUCCAAAAUAAAACUAAUGGUAUUACUCCACGUAGAUGGUUACUUUUGUGCAACCCUAACUUAUCAGAUAUCAUCGGAGAGAGAAUUGGUGACAACUGGAUCACGCAUUUGGACGAGUUAUCAAAACUCCAAGAACUCGUGAAUGACCAAAGCUUCAUUUUGGAUAUUCAAAAAGUCAAACAAGAAAACAAAAUGAAAUUUGCUCAUUGGCUGGAAAGUGAAUACAACAUAAAAAUUAACGUCAAUUCGAUGUUCGAUAUCCAGGUUAAAAGAAUUCACGAGUAUAAGAGACAGUUGUUGAAUUGUUUACAUAUCAUCACCCAAUAUAAUAGGAUUAAAAAAAACCCAGAGGGUGAAUUCGUACCAAGAACAAUUAUGAUUGGUGGAAAAGCAGCUCCUGGAUAUUACAUGGCUAAGAAAAUUAUCAAGCUCAUAAAUUAUGUGGGUAACGUUGUCAACAACGAUCCAGUGGUCGGAGACCGUUUGAAAGUGUUGUACUUGGAAAACUAUAGAGUGACUUUUGCCGAAAAAAUUAUGCCAGCUGCGGAUCUCAGCGAGCAAAUAUCUACUGCGGGUACUGAAGCGUCUGGCACUGGAAACAUGAAAUUCAUGUUGAACGGUGCACUUACCAUCGGUACGUUAGACGGCGCGAACGUAGAAAUGGCAGAAGAGAUGGGACCCGAAAACAUGUUCAUUUUCGGUAUGACUGUCGAUGAAGUGGAAUUGUUAAAGAGGAAAGGUUAUAACUCUUAUUCGUACUACGAAUCCAUACCAGAACUCAAGCAAUGCGUGGAUCAAAUUCAAAACGGUUAUUUCAGUCCUAACAACCCCGAUGAAUUUAAAGACAUUGUUGACGUUCUCCUUAAAUGGGACAGAUUUUUCUUGAUGGCUGACUACGAAGAUUACAUCAAAGCCCAGGACAAAGUCGACGAAGCAUACAUGGAUCAAAACAGAUGGACGCGCAUGUGCAUCCGUAACAUUGCAACUUCAGGAAAAUUCUCGUCUGACCGCACCAUCACAGAGUAUGCUAGAGAAAUUUGGAGUGUCGAACCUUCGUGGGACAAGUUACCAGCUCCGCAUGAACGCAUUGCUGACCUUCCAAAACAGUAAAAAUACAUGUACGAUUUUUAUCCUUUAAAUUUUUUUUUUCGUCGAAAAAAAAAGGAAGAAUUAAGAACAAUAGUUUGCUGAGUCAUUUUUUUUAAAAAAACUGUGUUCCUCACUUUAUUAUUAUAUAAUAUAGAUUCAUUUUAUUUUAUUUGUAUUUUGUAAACAAAAAUUAUUGAUUUAUAUUGUUCUACAGAACGUGCUAUAUCCAA